UUCAAAAUGGCGGACGAAGAUCAGAGUCUUAGGGAGUGCGAGGCUUACGUGAGAGUGCAUAAUAUCCAGCAAAUAUUAAAGGAUUGUAUCGUUCAGCUUUGUGUCAGUCGCCCGGAAAACCCAAUAUCUUUUCUGAGAGAAUAUUUCCAAAAGUUAGAACGCGAAUCAUCUUUAAGAAUUAAACAACAACUUUCAUCAACAUCAUCAAAUGAUGAAAAAGAUGAUGAGAUUGGAGCUAUGCCAAAUCUUGUACCUUCACAAAGAGUUCGAAGAGGAGCUGUUAGUGCAGAGACUUAUAAUGAAGAAGAUGCUGCUACUUAUGUGAAAAAGAUUGUUCCUAAGGAUUAUAAAACAAUGGCAGCUUUAUCAAAAGCAAUUGAAAGAAAUGUGCUAUUUUCUCAUUUAGAUGACAAUGAAAGAAGUGAUAUAUUUGAUGCCAUGUUUCCAGUAUUCCAUAAUGUGGGUGAAAUUAUAAUACAUCAAGGUGAUCAGGGUGAUAAUUUUUACGUUAUUGAUCAAGGAGAAGUAGAGUUUUAUGUGAAUGGACAAUUAGUUACAACUGCUAGAGAAGGUGGAAGUUUUGGUGAAUUGGCUCUUAUUUAUGGCACACCUAGAGCAGCCACAGUUAAGGCUAUAACAGAUGUCAAACUUUGGGCAAUAGAUAGAGAUACUUACAGAAGAAUACUUAUGGGUAGCACUAUAAGAAAACGGAAGAUGUAUGAGGAAUUUCUCAGUAGAGUGUCUAUUUUAGGUAGUCUAGACAAAUGGGAACGACUUAUUAUUGCUGAUGCUUUAGAACAAGCAUAUUUUCAUGAUGGUGAAGUUAUAGUAGAACAAGGUUGUCCAGGCAAUGAUUUUUUUAUUAUUGAAGAGGGUAUAGCUGCUGUUUUGCAAAGAAGAACAGAAGAAGAACCACAAGUUGAGGUUGGAAGACUUGGUCCUUCAGAUUAUUUUGGUGAAAUAGCUCUUUUAUUAGAUCGUCCUCGAGCAGCUACAGUAAUGGCUAAAGGCCCUCUUAAAUGUAUCAAAUUAGAUAGAGCCCGUUUUGAACGUGUUCUUGGCCCAUGUGCGGAUAUAUUGAAGCGUAAUAUGGCUCAUUAUAACAGCCUUAUUUCAUUAUCUGUAUAACAACUAAUGAUAU